AUGGUCUGGGGCAGUAUGUCAUCAAAAGGAGUAGGAAAACUUCAUUUUAUUGAUGGAGAUCAAGAUGGUGCAGCGUGCCAUUCCUCAAAAAAGGCUAUAAAAUGGAUGGAAGAAAAUAAUGUACCACUUUUGAAAUGGCAAACAAAAGUCAACCGUUCUCGAAGUGUUUCGAAAAAUAUGGUCGCGACAUUUGUGUCAAAAGAACUGUUACUGCGGAUUGUCAUCACCGAGCUUCGAAAAAUCAACCCCGAAAGUAGAAUCAUCCUCCACCAAGACAAUGCAAGCUGGCACACAGCCCAAAAAACAAGGAAGUAUCUAACGGAAGAAAACGUGGAAUCAUUGGACCAUCCUCCAUAUAGUCCCGAUCUAAGUCCUAACGAUUUCUUUACUUUCUCUAAAAUUAAAAACAGACAGCGUGGCCAAAGGCUCCAGUCACCAGAAGAAACAGUUGACGCAUUCAAAAAUGUCGUUUUGGAUCUGCCAGCAAACGAGUGGAAUAAGUGCUUCGAAAAUUGGUUCGAGCGCAUGCUGAUUUGUAUUCAUCUUCUUGAAGAAUACUUCCAAAAACAAUAA